CUCGUAAUCCAAAGCCGCCCCUAUUUCCUUUUCCUUUUGCUUUGCGCCUACAAAUAUGAAAACCUUCCCAACGUUUUCUCCCAUCUUCCUCUCUCUGCAUCACAUCACCCUUCCAUUCUCUCACACAUCUUUUUUCCUCUUCCUCUUCCGAGGGCUUAUCUUAAACCAGGAUUUUGGGCACAGAUUUCUCUAUGGGAGAAGCACCGGCAUUGCUUGUUGAUGACAUUCAGGGUGGGGCUCUGAAUGGCCUGGAAUUGAAAAACGGAACUUGCAAAACAACUGCUACGGUUGGUGAUAAGACGUAUGUCAUUGGUGGAUCUGAUGAUGGAACUUUGUCCAUUGAAGUUCAAAUUUUUGACCCUAGUCUUGGAGAAUGGGUUCGUCCCACUGUGAGGGGCACCAAACCCACGUCAUGCAAAGGCCUCUCAGCAGUGCCUUUGGAAGACAGAAUACUAAUUCUUAAGAAGGGUUCCAAGUCAGAUGAUCAAAUAUGGUUCCUGGAGGUUGACACCGAAUAUGUUAGGCAGCAGCAAAAAUCUUUGGGGACUGAGGUGGUUGCCUGGAGUAAAGGUGUGAUAGGCAAUGCUGAGAAGCCUGUUGUUAUUAGUGGUCCUUCUGGAGUGGGUAAAGGAACAUUGAUAUCAAUGCUCAUGAAGGAAUUCCCAUCUAUGUUUGGUUUUUCUGUAAGCCACACCACGCGUGCCCCGAGAGGAAUGGAAAAAGAUGGUGUCCAUUACCAUUUUACAGAGAAGAGUAUAAUGGAGAAAGAGAUCAAGGAGGGAAAGUUUCUUGAGUUUGCUUUAGUCCAUGGUAAUCUGUAUGGAACUAGUGUUGAGGCUGUUGAACAGGUUGCAGAUGCAGGGAAAAGAUGUAUUCUCGAUAUUGAUGUUCAAGGGGCAAGAUCUGUGAGGGCUAGUUCUCUUGAAGCCAUAUUCAUCUUUAUCUGUCCCCCGUCAAUGGAGGAACUGGAGAAGCGCCUUCGUGACCGAGGUACCGAGACUGAGGAACAGAUCCUGAAGCGACUAAAUAACGCCAAGGCUGAGAUUGAGCAAGGGGAAUCUUCUCACGUAUUUGAUUUCAUCCUAUACAAUGACAAACUUGAGGAGUGCUAUGAGAGUCUUAAGAAACUAUUGGGACUUGAUGGUUUUGUCACUGCUCCACCUAAAUCAGGCCAUAAUAGAGAGAUUGAUCUACCAAUGGACCAUUCAGUGUCAAAAAUUGAAAACAAAAUCAUCAUAAACUGCAUCUCCUCAGGAGAGAAGGAAUCAAAGAAUUUCAGGAUCAUCUUGGAUGUUUCCUCACUAAAAGGGGGUGCACCUGGACGGACUAGAGGGCUAAAUUUCCAAACCAUUGGCUCGUUUUCGAACGGCUUGAACGGGAUAGACCAGCUUAGCUAACAUUCAACGAAACUAACUUGGUAUCAUACACAUGAAAUUGGGACACGUGAUAAGGCAUUAGAUUCAAGUCUUAAAACAUUUUUUACCCUUGUGGCGUUCUUUGAUUGUUAUAACUGUUGAAAUUGACUUGAGGGGUGUUGGCAAUCUCUCAAUUAUAAUUCCCUACAUAGGCAAUGAGAUUAUUUGUGUUGUUGCAUGUCAAGGAAGGCAAAAUAUGGUUGUUGAAGUCUCUCUAUUUUCCCCACCCCAAGAUCUGAUGUGUUAUGGGAAAUACCAAGGGGGCCCAACAACAAGAGCACUUCAAAGAUGUCUGUUAGACAUUAGGUAUUAGACUAGGCAUGGCUAUUCAUUGAUUCAAGCCAUACGUUCUACACAUUAAAUUUGUUGGAUAAAUGUUUUAUGUCAUGAUCGUGCUUUUUAGAUUCCAUCAGUUACAUUAUAGCGUUUGUUAUGUUAACAUCCACUUCUUUUGGCAACCACAUAUUCAACUAAGGAGGGUUCCCCCAUUUAACACCCUUAGUGAUCCAACCUCUAACGGGUUUAGAAGUGGUACUUUUAUCCCCACAUAUUGGCUGUGUCACGAAUCUAUUCCAAUCUGAGCAUUGAGCGAGGCAGUUCUAGAGCCUUGUUAACUUGACCAACCAUUUGGUGGUCCAGAGCCUUUUUAAGUUUCUGAUAAACAUAAUGAGCUUAUAAAGGGUCUUGGCAGAACAGAACAGAUAAAGAUAAAUUGGGCUUAGGAUAAAGUAAUUAAACAUAAUGAUUACAUAAAAUUACUUAAUACCCUAUGUGAAUUGAGCUUACAGAGGCAAAAUGUCGAAAAAGAUUUGUAGAAAAUAGUAAUUAUGCGGGAUGAUUUUUCGUACCAUACCCCAUCAUACCAAAAUGCCAUUGCUAAUGAAGAAUGAGCAAAAACUUGGUCAUAGACGGAACUAAGAAAAGGGUUUAUGGAAUCGUAUGAUCUCUUCCGUUGGAAAGGAAAAGAAAAACGUUUUCUUCAUGUGACACUUUGAACAAUGUGAAUAUAUCGGAAUGCGUGGACAAGAUGAUUAAAACAUGACAACACCGAAACCAAACUAUACCAAGAAUAUAAUAGAUGAAGGCAAGUCUUGCAAGAUCUUCAUAGUCUUUUGGAACAAGUACUUAAGGUCAAUGACAACCGACAGGUUGACCUAAAGCAAAGGUGUAAAAGAGCAAUCGCAAAUAGAAAGUCGGCGUGUUUGGAUUUUUUUAGUUUAUAGUGACUUAUUUUUUACAAGAACAUUUUACUUUCCCAUAACACUUGAAUGUGAGUUAAUAAUGUAUAUGAUGAAUUGUGAAAAAGAUGAAGUUGGGGGAGAAGAAUAAGGAAAGGGCGUUGUGAAGGCAGAAGGAAAAGUGUUGUGACAUGGUCUAGUUUGGCUAAGAAGGGGUUGUGAGACGGACAUAAACCGAGAGUGAUGUGUCGUUCAAGGAAGGCCCUCCUCACCCUCCAAUCCAAUGGCGGUGGGUUCGGCCCAAUUAAAUAAAAAGCAUUCAAAUCCAACUAGUUGUUGUAUGUAUAAGGUCAGUAUUGUUCCACAUUUAAAUUUGAAGGAAUGAAUGGGGAAGGUUCCUGAGUUGGGUGGUGGUGCAACUUGCCAUCUCUGCACCCAACCUUUUGCCUGUGGGGCCCACAAUUGUCCUUUUCCUUUUACUAAGUGCUAACAACACACCUAUCUUUCUCUUUCUCUUCGGUGGAAAACAGGAUCCUUCACAGCCAACAAUCACCUCACGUGAUUCUCAUUCUGAUUGUCACUGCAGUUUUAAUUCUUUUACUUCUUUUCCACUCUGCAUUAUUUACGCUCUUUCUUUUUA